AAGGAUUGUUUACAUGUGACUGGGAAAUAAAAUAACCAUAUACGUUUUGUAUUUCUUUGAUUAUUCAUGCGACUCAAUAAAAUCAUUAUCAGCAUACAAUUGUGAUUAUAACUCGCUUAAACGGUGGUGAGAGGAGACGCCAAAGCUACUUCUUGUUUCUGACUGACGUUUCAGAGACUUAUAUCAUGUUUAAGGCUCUGUCACAUGCUGUCUUCGACUUUGAACUCAAAGUUCCUGAAAUAAACUUUUCUGAGAGCUUAAAGUAGUCAAAGUACUAGAAGAUUUGACCGUUAGAAGGCUGGAAGUACAAGCACCAUGCCAUCUAUGAAGAACCCCGGUGUGAAAAGACCAAAACUUGACUGGAAGUUCCUUCAAAGGUUCUGCAGUGUUUUGAAAAUCCUUUUUCCAUCCUGGUCCAACAAGAGUGUGCGAAUGUUCAUGACGCUCCUUGGAGUCACACUCUCAGUUCAGCUCGUUAUUUAUCAAGUGGGUCUUAUUCCCAGUCAGUUCUAUGAGGUACUAUCUGAGGAGAACUAUGGAAAGUUCAAACAUCUGGUGGCGUAUGCUGUCCUACUCAUCCUGAUCAAUUCAACGCUGAAGAGUCUGGAUCAGUACAUCUGCAGUCUGCUGUAUGUGGGCUGGAGGAAGUCUUUAACAAAAGAACUUCAUAACACAUACUUCCAGGGGCGCGUUUACUACACCAUCAACGUACUGCGCAAAGACAUCGACAACCCAGACCAGCGCAUCAGUCAGGAUGUAGAGAGGUUAUGUAAGCAGAUGAGCACAAUGGUCAGUCGACUUCUGAUCUCCCCGUUCACUGUGUCCUACUACACAUAUCAGUGCUUCAACAGUGCCGGCUGGAUUGGAGUAGUAAGCAUCUUUGGGUACUUUGUGGUUGGGACCUUCAUCAACAAGAUCUUAAUAGGACCCAUUGUGUCGCUACUUGUUGAACAAGAAAAGCUGGAGGGAGAUUUCAGGUUUAAACACAUGCAGAUUCGAGUGUACGCAGAAUCUGCUGCUUUCUACAGGGCAGGGAAGGUGGAACGCAUGCGAACUGACCAAAGACUGAAAAACCUGUUGCACACACAGAGAAACCUGAUGAACAAAGAGCUCUGGCUGUACAUUGGGGUAAAUACCUUUGACUAUCUGGGCAGCAUCCUCAGCUAUAUUGUCAUUGCAAUACCCAUUUUUGCUGGGGUGUACGAUGGCCUGACACCUGGAGAACUCAGUGCUUUGGUCAGUAAGAAUGCUUUCGUCUGCAUCUAUCUGAUAAACUGCUUUACUCAGCUCAUAGACCUUUCAACCACAUUGUCUGAUGUCGCUGGAUACACACACAGAAUUGGAGAACUGAGGGAAGUGAUGGCCGACAUCACCAAGAAACAGUGUGAAGAGGAACGGUAUGAUCCACUGUCAAAGGAAACUGUUGACUUUGACAGUGAUCUGGAGAUUCACAGCAUCCCAGCAGAUACUGCGUUUGUGCUGGAUCAUCUGUCCUAUAAAUCACCUGUCUCUGAAGAGCUACUGGUGAAGGAUCUAACCCUAAAGAUCAGUCAGGGAAUGAACCUGCUCGUGGUGGGAAACACAGGAACUGGAAAGACCUCCCUACUGAGAGUUCUCAACUGCCUUUGGGAGCCAUGCAGUGGUUCUGUGGAGAUGACCACAUGUUUUGGGCCGAGGGGUGUAUUGUUCCUACCACAGAAACCUUAUCUGACUGAUGGCACACUUAGAGAACAGGUGAUCUAUCCAUUAAAGGACAUAUAUCCAGCCUCAGGGCCCAUAGAUGAUGAAAGAAUAUUAAAAUACCUGGAACUUGCUGGUGUGCAUGUUUGUGUCUCUGUAUGUCAGUUGAAUCUUCUCACCAGAACUGGAGGACUGGACACGAAAGUAGAUUGGAACUGGUAUGAAGUUUUAUCACCAGGAGAAGUACAAAGGCUUUGCUUUGCCAGACUGUUCUACCUACAACCCAAAUAUGCAGUGCUGGAUGAGGCCACCAGUGCUCUGACAGAGGAGGCAGAAGGGCAGCUCUAUAAGGCCUGUAAGCAGCUGGGAAUGACCCUCAUCAGCCUGGGUCACCACAAUAGUCUGAAAAAGUUUCAUGAUGUCAUGCUGCGACUCUGUGGAGAUGGCCAGUGGGAACUUGAAAAAAUCAAAGAGGCCUGAAUCUUCAGACUUUACCUCACUAUGCAGACCAUAAUGGUCUGUUUUGUGGUGCAUUGUUGGUGCUUUCAUGUGAAAUAGCUCAAGACUUUGGAGUAAUGUUUUAAUGUUUACGGAUGACAGCAUACUACGAUUUACUGAUGUUAGUGAUGUCAUAAUCUUCUUUUCUGAAGUGUGAACUUGCUGCUUCAUUCAACCUUAAUUGGUUGUUUUGUGCCAAAGGAAUAAAGGGAUUUUUGUUAUGAAGGACACAUAAGAACAUAAUGUCAGGCAUAGUGCCUUUAGAAUAUAUUUCAUGUAUCUUACAGUAUAAUCAAUCAUUUUUAUACACAUUAUAGAUAUUGACCUUUUAAUGUUCGAGCAAAUGACAGUUUAACAAUGCAGUUAAGUCCCAGAUGUUUUGGCUUAGAAAAGAUGGAAGUAAAUGGCUUUUUAAGAAAACUUCUAAAAGUUUUUGGUUGACUAAUUUGUGGGGACUUCCAAUGAAUUAUUCUGAAGGGGAAAAGCCUGUCAAAAGAAUCGAACUACAGUAUUUUCAUGUGUCAUUUCCAUUCCUG